UUAUCCCAGCUCGCUGGCUUUCCCAACAUGAGUCGCCAAUUCACCUGCAAGUCAGGAGCUGCCACCAACAGGGGCUUCAGCGGCUGCUCGGCAGUGCUGUCAGGGGGCAGCUCGUCCUCUUACCGGGCAGGGGGCAAAGGACUCAAUGGGGGCUUCAGCAGUCGGAGCCUCUACAGCCUAGGGGGUGGCAGAAGCAUCUCCCUCAAUGUGGCCAGCGGCAGUGGACGAGCAGGGGGCUAUGGGUUUGGCCGGGGCCGGGCCAGCGGCUUUGCUGGCAGUAUGUUUGGCAGUGUGGCCCUGGGGCCCUCGAGUCCACCCCUGUGCCUGCCUGGUGGCAUCCACCAGGUCACUGUCAACAAGAGCCUCCUGGCCCCCCUCAACGUGGAGCUGGACCCUGAGAUACAGAAGGUGCGCGCCCAGGAGCGGGAGCAAAUCAAGGCUCUGAACAACAAGUUUGCCUCCUUCAUCGACAAGGUGCGGUUCCUGGAGCAGCAGAACCAGGUGCUGGAGACCAAGUGGGAGCUUCUGCAGCAGCUGGACCUGAACAACUGCAGGAACAACCUGGAGCCUAUCCUCGAGGGUCACAUCAGCGGCCUGCGGAAGCAGCUGGAGACACUGUCUGGGGACAGAGUGAGGCUGGACUCGGAGCUGAGGAACAUGCGUGAGGUGGUAGAGGACUACAAGAAGAGGUAUGAAGAGGAAAUAAACAAGCGCACAACUGCUGAGAAUGAAUUUGUGGUGCUUAAGAAGGAUGUGGAUGCAGCAUACAUGAGCAAGGUGGAGCUUCAGGCCAAGGUGGAUGCCUUGGAUGGAGAUAUCAAGUUCUUCAAGUGCCUUUACGAGGGGGAAAUUGCUCAGAUGCAGUCCCACAUCAGUGACACGUCCGUCAUCUUAUCCAUGGACAACAACCGGAACCUGGACCUGGACAGCAUCAUCGCUGAGGUCCGUGCUCAGUAUGAGGAGAUAGCCCUGAAGAGCAAGGCUGAGGCUGAGACGCUCUACCAGACUAAGUUCCAGGAGCUGCAGCUGGCAGCUGGCCAGCAUGGGGACAACCUCAAACACACCAGGAAUGAGAUCUCAGAGCUGACCCGGCUUAUCCAAAGGCUGCGUUCGGAGAUAGAGAGCGUGAAGAAGCAGUGCUCCAACUUGGAGACGGCCAUUGCUGACGCUGAGCAGCGGGGUGAGUGUGCUCUCAAGGAUGCCAGGGCCAAGCUGGAUGAGUUGGAGGGCCGCCUCCAGCAGGGCAAGGAAGAACUUGCCCGGAUGUUGCGUGAGCACCAGGAGCUCAUGAGUGUGAAACUGGCGCUGGACAUUGAGAUCGCCACUUAUCGCAAGCUGCUGGAGGGUGAGGAGUGCAGGAUGUCUGGAGAAUACACCAACUCUGUGAGCAUUUCAGUCAUCAGCAGCUCCACAGCUGGGCCGGCAGGCGCAGGGGCAGGCUUUGGCUUCGGCAGCAGUGGCACCUAUGGUUAUCGGCCCAGCUCUGUUGGUGGGGGCUACAACAUACUGCCCGGGGGCUGUGUCACUGGCAGCGGAAACUGCAGCCCUCGCGGGGAGGCCAAGACCAGGCUGGGCAGUGCAAGUGAAUUCAAGGAUGCCCCAGGGAAGACCUUGGCUUCGUCCACCAAGAAAGCCAUGAGAUAG